AUGUUAUUGAGGAAACUCCUCCAUUGGCUUACAACAUCCAUUCAAAUACUUUUCCCCUGGCUGGACUCUUCCGCUACAGUCAAGGAAGUUCGUGGUCUUCUUCAUCAGAGGAAGGGAUCCCUCCCCGCUGUUGAGGAAUUUUUGCGUUCUGCAGCUGAAUUGGAACUCUAUGAGCUUGCGUGUCCUUUCGUGACUGCCCUGACCUGUCAAAUUCGUCGAAUGAAUAUCCUCCAAGCUAAUCAGUCAUCCCCACCCCGCAAAUUUGGCUUCUAUCAAACAUGUAUCGAUAAAGUUCGUCAGCAUAUAGCCUCAUGCCAUCCAGAUUUCACCAGUCUUGACCGUAAGUUUGACACUGCGCAGGAGGCCUUUACAAGACUUCGAAUGAGAAGUGCCGAUUGCUUCAAUCCUACUUACUCAUCGCUCAAUAUUCACUCAGAGCAAAUGAUCUCUGAUGCUAAUACGGAUGAAACUCUCAUCUCGAACUUUCAAAAGGAGCUCUUUUUGAAAUGGCAGCGUCAGCUUCAUUGUCCAAGCCGUCGUGCAGUAUUGAAAGCUCUGUUAGAGGGAAAAACAAUGCCCCACUACUUUGCGGUAAAGUCACACUGGGAUGCUCUUAAUGCUACUUAUGCUUCUCAGAUGGUUCCAAUCUCCUCAAAAUCCACGGUGGAUCUAGAUGAGAGUGAUUCUGAGGCACCAGAUGUUGAGAUUAGAGCUCUUCCAGAGGAAAUCAUUGACCAAGAGGAAAAGGCUUUGUUUGAUCCUUCGGUUGAACCUAGACGAUGCCUCCUAUGCGCUCGUCAUACUGAUGCCAGCAUUGAAGAUCGAUUGAUUUAUAUCGGCUCUGACACUUGGGUCCACGUCAAUUGUGCCCUUUGGAGUAAGGAAGUAUUUGAAGAGGAUUCGGGUCAAUUGACUGGACUCUCAGCAGCUUUAAGACGCGGAUGUCGAUCGCUUUGCAAGGAUUGUGGUCGUCCGGGAGCGACAAUGUCUUGCUCGAACACGAACUCUUGUGAUGUAGUUACACACUUUCCUUGUGCCAUGAGUCGAUGGAAGCCAACUCAUAGUAAGCCAGUAUUUACUGCUGGAAGGAGUUUCUUCUGUUCUCCUGAAUGCUUUACUGAGGCCAAGGCUACGAGAUUUGUGCAAUCGAUUAAAAAGUUGCGAUGCAGAAAGGUGGAGGGCGUUCAUAAGCACAACGAAGAAGAAUUAGAAUUGGAAAAGGCGGUUAUUAUGGAAGAUAGACGAGAUGUUGAUGAGCUUAUUACUGAAUGGGAAAUAUCACAAGAAGAAGUGGAUUCUAUAAGAAGUGAAAUUGAGUGGGAAAUGGCAAGUCCUGAACUUCGAGAGAUGCUUGUCUGCAGACGUGUUUUUGUGCCCUCUGAUUGCUUCGUGGUUUCCCUCCGAGAUGAUGAUGAUGAUGGAUUCGAUCAGAAAGAGAAGCAGGAGGAAGGCUCUGGCGUUAAUGAGAAUGAGGAAACUGACGAUUGUGGUGAUGAGGAUGGAAAGGUAGUGAAACGUCCAAAUGUCCUUUCUCUAGCUAUCUCUGUGAAUACCCUUGCCUUCGCUUCAUACAAACUUCCAGCAUCGGCUUUUGUGGUUACCAUCGGCUCACUACGUAUCGAUCGGCUUGGACACAUAGCUGAGGCUUCAGAUUCUCUCUGUCGGGAUAAACCAAAUUUCUUAUGUCCUGUUGGAUAUCGUGCCCGCCGUUACUACUGGAGUACCACCGACCCAAAUGUUCUUGAACCCCACACUCUGACUAUUAAUCAGGCUCCCAAGGAUUCUGUCAGAACAGAUAAUCUGUCUUCAUCUGCAUCUUCUGGUGGUGGCGCUACUACAUCCUAUCAGCGUUCUAUCCUACCUCAUCUCCCAAGCAGUCGAUCCACCAACAUUUAUACGCCCAUUGCAUCUAAACCCCUGGAACCUGGAACCAAAUUGGUGCCUAGUCUGAGUUCUGGAAGCAGUAAAUCGACAUGCGCUUCUUCACCCUAUGAUCCAUACCCCAGUAAUCCUACUGGCCUUCCUCUUAUUCGUUUUACAUAUACACAAGGCACACCUCCAAAUCGAACCUUCCAAAGGGCCUCCAUUAUCCCCCAACAGCAGCAGCAGCAGCAACAACAACAAACAAAACAGCAACAAAGCUCCGCUUCCACUCUGCCAAGUGGCGUAGUGUCUCCCACUUAUACGCAUCAGCAGUCACGAGUUGUUCAACCUGCUAUAAUGCCUCAACAGCAACUUCGACCACAAAUGGCACCACUUCAGCCAAAUUCUGCUCAAGUCGCUGUUACUUCUUCAGUCCAUUCCGCCACUUUUGUUCCAGCCAAGCAGCAAGCAGUUGUGUCUGCUCCGCCGCCGUCGAUGCAUAUGAAAUCGAUGACUGUUGUCAACGCUUUCCCUGGAGGUUCUAUGAUGACUGCAAGCAUACCGUCUAGUACCAGCUCUGUUACUGCUGCUCCCCAGAAGAGUCAGUCCCUCAUACUUACCAAACCGUCUGUUCAACCAGUUCAAAUUGGGACAUCGACACUUUCCAAUGUUGCUUUCCCUCCGAGAGCUACUCUACCGAAAAUUGUUGGCGCAGUUUCUUUGAGUAAGCCACUAACAGUGCAGCGGCAACAAACUCCGAGUACAACAAGCAUUACGUCUACCGUAACGCCUCCUCUUGCAUCAUCAUCAUCAUCAUCCGCAACUGUCAUUUCAAGCAGUGGAUAUUCGGCCCAGGUGACUACUUCUUCUAAUGUCGUUGAGAAACGAACUGCUCUCCAGGCUCAACUCUCUCCUCCUCCAACCAUGAUGAAGCGCCCAGUUAACGUCUUCCAAUCCCUUCCGAGUGGAUCUCUGGUGAGAAUGGUUGCAACUACCACUUCUUCCGUCACACCCUCUCAGGUGAUACGUCCACCUUUUGUUGUGAGGGGUCCUCUGACUAUUGGCACUCCAAGGGGACCUGCUGGACCGCCUCUUCGGCCUGUUCGACUUUUUGCUUCCGCCAGCAAGCCGUUGGUCGUUGGAACGGGUGACGUCUCUACUGCUCCUACAGUUCUCGCAGUAAACCCCACAGCAUCUACUGCACAUAGACUGAUUCGCCCUCCAGUUGUUAUUCCAAAGAUAGUACGACCAUCGGGCCCAAUUUCUGUUGUGCAAUCCCCUGCACCAGUUACUACGCCCGGCCAAUCGAGUGUAUCUCAAGAGCAGAAUCCGGACAACCCUUCCUCUUCUCAACCCCAGAUCAAACAGCUUGAUGGUUUGGACGAUUCAGACGAAUUCCUUAACAUGCCCCGACGUAGAGUGGGAAGUGGCAAGAGUGUUCCACAGAAGAAAAAGUGGAUGACAGAUUUGGAGAACAGACGAGCGCUUCAGGAGAGUGUUCAAAAGGCACGUCAAGUGGUUAAUGAAAGAAUGUACCAAAAGGAAGCGUCCCUUUUCGCCAACUCCUUCCAGCUUAUCUUUACGGCAAAAUCUUCGAAAGAAAACUUCUUCACACCCACAGCUGCUUGGCGUGCUGUUGUGAGUGCUGUCGCUGAUGUUCGCAGAGGCCGAAAUCUCCCUUUCGCUUUUCCUCCCUUCAUUGACGGUUGGGCCCAGUUCGGUCUUAACCACCGCCACGUGAUUUUCCUUCUUGAACAACUACCUGGAGCUCACACUUGCGUUCGAUACAAUUUCCGAUAUCACCGCUAUCGAAUCGAUCAAAUUCGGGAGAAGUAUGAGCCACCGCAGUCUAAUCUCCGUGGUGCAGCUCGAUUAAUACCCUACGAGAAAGAUCCCAAGAGAUCUGAAAUGGCCCGUGAUCCAUUGGCUUUCCUAAUGUGUAAGGCGAAUCAAGCUCCUCGUUCCUGUCUCCCGUUAGAUUGGCCAGGCGAAAAGAGUGGCCGCUUGGCAAGGGGAGGUCUGGACAGCCUUCCAUCUUCGAAUUCGACAAUAGUUCCUGGACGUUUCCCCUCUGCGUGUAUUGAUGCUGCACGUCAGGCCGCUUCGAUUGUGGCCGACUCUCUCAAUAUCUCCCCUCGUCUGCAUGCGCGAACUGUUGAAGCUGUGGUUGCUGAGGCAACCGCUGACAUGGUCGAGGAAGCGGAAGCUGGGAGAUCGAAGCAAUUAGCGUCUUUGACUUUCCAACUCCGAAACAUUCCAACCAGCCGAGAGGCUCGGAUGUGGCGUGUGUCAGUGUGUCCUUCGCGGAUUCACAAACGUGGUCUCUUCGCCCUCUGCUCUUUCCGUCCAGGUGAAUUGAUUUGCGAGUACACUGGGGAACUCGUAUCUAACAUGGUAUGCGAUAAACGUGAGGCGAUGUAUCGUUCCAAAGGAGUGGACUGUUACUUCUUCCGUGUCACUGAGGAUUUGGUUGUUGAUGCCACCUACGCCGGAAACUAUGCACGAUUUAUUAAUCACUCCUGCCAACCCAACUGUGGUGCUCAAAUUGUUGGGAAGAAUCAUAUUGUGAUUACUGCUAACAGAAGUAAAUAUGGAGACAUGGUGAUUGCGAGGAUGUAUGUAACGACGUUCCAUUCUUGCUCAAUCUCCCUCUCUCGCGUUCCCACUGCCGUUGGGUGCAAUAUAGUUCUGUCACUGUGGAACAGAGCACUAAUAUCAUCUUUCUGUUGCAGAAUUCUUCCAGGUGAAGAGUUGACAUACGAUUAUCAGUUCCCCAAGGAGGCGGAGAAGCUGUCCUGCAAUUGCGGUCGAAUUGGAUGCAAAAGAUACUUGAAUUAA